CACAUUUCUUCCAAUUUUUCUCCUCUCACAAAUCUCUCUUUCUCUCUGAAAAAAGAAAGAAAGAAAACCCUUGUGUUGAUUUCUUACUCCUCUCUGAUAAAUUCUUUCUGUGCAUGGCAGCAAGUAUUUUAUCUCAUGAGGUGUCGGACCUAUGUCUUGGAAAACCUGCGCUGAGCUCUCUGUCUGUUUCUGCAACCGUCGGGGAAGCGUUGUCUGCUCUUAAGAGAUUUGGUGAUUUGUUUUUAAGCGUUUGGAGCUGUGAUCAACAUCACCGUUGUAACUCUCCAAGAUCGAUCAAGGUUGACUUUGCAGAAUGUAAAUGCAUUGGCAAAGUUUGCUUGGCAGAUGUGAUUUGCUUCCUGUCUAAAGAAGAGAAUUUGAAGAAUCCAGGGAAAGCCUUGCAGGAGCCGGUGUCCCUGCUUCUAAAUUCUAAGGUUUCUGGACUUGUUAGGCACCUGGAACCUCACGCCAGCUUACUGGAGGCUAUAGAUCUCAUCCUUGAAGGUGCACAGAACCUUGUGAUACCACUUCACAACCCCUUCACAAGAAAGAAGCUGAUAAGCAAAUCCACUGCCAAUUCCACCCUUCACAACAACCGUGAGUACUGCUGGCUCACUCAGGAAGACAUAGUCCGUUACCUCCUCAACUCCAUUGGCCUCUUCUCUCCAACUCCAAACCACACCAUCGAGUCCCUCAACAUCAUUGAUACUGAAUCCUUCUUUACCGUCCAUUACGAUGACCCUGCUGCAUUGCCCUUGAUUUCUCAAUCCCUCGUUAAACAAACAUCUGUAGCAAUUCUUGAUGCAGACGGCAAGUUGAUUGGCGAAAUCUCACCAUUCACAUUGAACUUCUGUGACGAGACAGUGGCUGCUGCAAUUGCGACACUUUCAGCCGGGGAGUUGAUGGCUUACAUAGAAUGUGGUGACCCGCCGGAGGACCUGAUAAUGUUGGUGAAGGAAAGACUGGAAGAGAGGAAUCUAGGACCUGCGUUGGACUUAAUAGAAGAGGAAUCAGGAAUUUUAUCAUCUUCAUCUGAUUCAUCCUAUUCAUCUUCAUCAGACGAAGAGUUCGGAAUGGUAAGGAGUGGGAGGAUAGCUGGGAAUUCAGCAAGAGUGGGGAGGAGCACCGAGACAAUUGUGUGCUAUCCAUGGAGCUCAUUGGUAGCAGUGAUGAUUCAAGCCCUUUCACAUCGUUCAAGCUACACAUGGGUUAUUGAAGAGGAUGGCACUUUGGUUGGUGGUGUUACCUUCGCAGGAAUGAUUAAAGUUUUGCGGGAACGUUUGAGGUCAAUGGUGUGAUCAUGCCAGAAUUAAUUCACAGUCCAAGGAAUUGUUAAAUAUAUUUAAAUAUAUUUUUAAUUUCGAAAACGUUAUAUUUUAAUUAAACUGUGAAAAUGCCAGAAUGGACAUCACAGUCCCAAGGAAUUGUUCGAUAAUUAGACCUUUUAUGAUGAACUAAAUUAAUUCACCGUUACCAAUAUAA